AUGUACAGCAAAAGUGUUGAUCAAAUAACUAUUCUGCAAGGAGAUCGAACAAAGUUAAAAGAUUUGCUUCGUUUGCGGCUCAUCGAGUGCGGUUGGAAUGACCAGGUCCGAUACCUCUGCAGACAAGCGAUAGUGGAAAAUGGGCACACGAACGUAGACGCCGUCGUGCAAGUUGUAACGCCGGAAGCUCGAACGCUGAUUCCUGAUGUGGUGAAACGGGAGCUGCUGCAGAAAAUUCGAAUGAGCUUGGUGCAGCAGGAAAAGCUCGACCUGUAA